AUGAGCCUCAGUCAAGGAUCCAAGUCAGCCCUUGAAUAUCAACAAAUCUUUGAGGAGUAUUUUUACUUUGCUCCGACUCACUUAAAGACUGAGGAUGUGAAGGCAAGAAGGUUUGAGAGAGGGCUUAGAGCUAGCUUGAGUACUUCGGUGGUACUACACAAGUACCCCACCUACACAGAAGUGGUUGAAGCCGCCAAGCUGAUAGAAGACCAGCAGAGGGAAAAUUAUCGGGCUAUACAAGCAGGCAAGAGGCCAAUACCAUCUCAUGACUCUAGGGGACCCAACAAGUUCCAGAAGAGAGGGGCUCAUACCAAUGCAGGCCCAAUUCAGUCCCGUAGACCUGAUGUGGCUCAAGUGCCUAAAGCUAUACCUGCUUCUCAUUACGGGACUGAGACUCUUAUUUGUUAUAACUACAAGGAAUUUGGCCAUAUGGCCAAGGAUUGUCCACAACCACGACAAUUGGGCUCAUGGCCAGUUGUGACUUCCAAGGCACCCUUGGCAAAGACUACUAUUCGCCCACUUGUUCCUUCUCUAGCGAGCAAGACUCAGGGGCGAGUUUAUUCUAUUACUCAUGAGGAAGCCCAAUCUGACCCUAGUGUUAUCACAGGCAUGAUUUCUAUGUGCUCCUUACCUGCUUAUGUGUUAUUUGAUUCGGGGGUGUCACAGUCCUUUGUAUCCCCCUCCUUUGAUGAAAAAUUAUCAAUUGAACUGCCCAGAAUGGAGCAAAAGUUGACAGUUAGUACGUCAACUGGAAGCAAAGUUGAGCUUGACCGGUCCUUCAACUCUUGCCCUGUUCGAGUGAGCGACCACAGGCUUGAAGCUAGUUUGAUCAUUCUAGAUAUGAAAGACUUUGAUGUGAUCUUGGGAAUGGAUUGGUUAUCCACACUUGGAGCCAACCUGAUCUAUGCAGAGAGGAAGAUACUCUUCCAGAUAGGAGAGGAUAAUGAGUUCAUAUUCAAGGGUAGAAAAAGUGAUGGACUACUUGUUUAUGAGUACGUGGACGAUGAUGGUGAUGGACUUCGCAGAUGA